AUGACACCACAUAUACUCUCAGUGGAAAAAAUACCUGUACACUACCAGCAUAAAACGGAUCUGGACUACCGACGGCAGGACACCGUCUUGUCCGUCCCUGUUGCUAGUCUGUCUGUCUGUGCUUUGCGAUGUACUAAGAUAGCUCAAUGUGUUUCCUUCUUCUUCAAUGUUCUGGACUUCCUGUGUCAGACAGAAGGAAGAAUUCGCCUUUCUUUUGAUGGAAGGGAUGCUGGGCCUUGGAAAUACUAUGAAGUGAAAGCAGUGAAUGCCGCUUUCAAUAAGACUGCACGGAUGAGUACGGUGUUUCAUCCGUCCAAACCCUACGACGUUAUUGACGGCAAAGUUGUAUUGGACGGCCAUGCCGGUCAGUGCUCACACACACUUGGAGAGUACAACCCGUGGAUAACGAUUGAUUUAGGCGCCAUCCACGUCGUCAAAUACGCCUCUCUGUUCAACAGGAUCGACGCCAAUGGUGAAAAACUACACGAUGUCUUUGUUACUUUGAGUGAAACCAAUACAGCAUUCUCUCUGGAGUGUGGUCAGUUUAAGGGUCCUGGCGUGGACGCUGAAGUGGUCCACGUGAUAUGUCCAAAGAACUCACGUGGUCGUUUUGUGAAAACCGAAGUGAGGGGUCCAACCUCACAUGAGACUGUGGUUCUAUGUGAAAUUAGAGUUUUCAUUUCUUAAGAGAAAACAAAAUGGCAAAUACCAUUUUCAGGAAAAUAUAUCCUAUAAAUAGAAUACUAUGACUGAUAUUUGACGUAUUCGCUAUUACUACUAUUACAGUGUUGAACUGCCAUGGCUUUCUUUACAGUAGAUACGCGAGCUAAAUAUGAAGAGAACUUCUCAGAUAUAUCUCAGAUUAAAUGUACAGGAAGAAUAUUAUGAUCUCG